AUGGCACGCCAGGUUGCUCUCGCCCUCAUAUUUAUCGCCGCCCUCAUCACGGCGGUCGCCGCCCAAACUUCACCGACCAGCUCCCCUGCUUCCGCCCCAUCUAAGUCAACCGCCGCCACCCCGGAAGCAUCAGCCGCCGUCCCUUCAGCAUCUGCCGCCACUCCCGAAGCAGCCCCCGUGCCGUCUUCAUCCACCGCCGCCACGCCGGAAUCCUCCCCUGCCGCCUCCCCCGAGGAGGAACCCUCAUCUCCACCCUUUCCCUCCGAUGAGGGACUCUCCCCUGACGCCUCCCCCGCCGAAUCUCCGGCGGACGCUGUUGCUCCCGCCGCUGAUACUACUACAACGGCCGCGCCCGCCCCGAGUACUGAAACCCCAGCAGCUGACACACCGGCGGCCAAUAGCGGUUCCUCCCUGAAGGUGUCCGCCGCCGUCGGCGCCACCGCUGUCGCCGGAUUGUUCUUCUUCUGA